AUGAGCUAGGUCCGGAUCCUGCUAGACACCGGCGGGCGCGAGCCGUUGCAGGUAUCUGGAGGUGGUUACGUUGGUGACAUGACUCAGAAGUUUAUUUCUUUAAACUUUUAAGUUUUUUUUCUUUUUAGUCUUCAGAAAGGCAACAGUAGUCUUUUAAAGUCACUGUUACAAGUGUAAGACUCUUUUACUCCCUGAGAGUCCCCUUUCCCUUUCUUGCGUCCCUUCCUUUCUUUCUUUCUUUUUUUUUUUUUUUUUUUUUUUUUUUUUCUGAGACGGAGUCUCACUCUGGCGCCCAGGCUGGAGUGCAGUGGCGCGAUCUCGGCUCACUGCAAGCUCCGCCUCCCGGGUUCACCCUUUCUCUUUAUUCUUAUCCCGGUCAGACUCGCCCCCUCCUCCAAGACAUUAUUCCGUUUUAUUUGAUUUGAUUUUAGUUCUCUUUGGGUGAUCGCUCCUUCCCUUUUCAGCGGAUCCCUCCCCGCCUCCAUCGUCGUCCUGUGGGAGAGACCAGCCUUCUGGUGCUGCGGUCAGGAAUGGAGCUUGACAGCGCUCUGGAAGCCCCAUCGCAGGAAGACUCUUCUUUGUCCGAGUUGUCUCACUCCGCCCUUGGACAGGCCUUCUCCAAGAUUUUACACUGUCUUGCCCGCCCGGAGGCACGACGAGGCAACGUAAAAGAUGUAACUCUUAAAGACCUCGGUGAUCUAAUAGAAGCCACCGAAUUUGAUAGGUUAUUUGAGGGGAAUGGUGCUCGGCUUCGCGGAAUGCCAGAGACACUGGGGCAGGUGGCAAAAGCCCUGGAGAAGUAUGCAGCCCCCCCCAAGGAGGAGGAAGGUGGAGGUGAUGGGCACUCCGAAGCGGCCGAGAAAGCAGCCCAAGUUGGGUUACUGUUUCUUAAGCUGUUAGGGAAAGUUGAGACUGCUAAGAAUUCCCUGGUCGGCCCUGCAUGGCAGACGGGCCUGCAUCGCUUGGCAGGACCCGUUUAUAUUUUUGCCAUCACACACAGCUUGGAGCAACCAUGGACCACUCCGAGAUCUCGGGAAGUUGCUAGGGAGGUGCUCACCUUACUGCUUCAAGUUACUGAAUGCGGUUCUGUGGCAGGAUUCCUACAUGGGGAAAAUGAAGAUGAGAAAGGGAGACUUUCGGUGAUAUUAGGGCUUCUCAAACCCGACUUGAAUAAGGAAUCCUGGAAGAAUAACCCUGCCAUCAAACAUGUUUUCUCAUGGACUCUGCAACAGGUCACUCGGCCCUGGCUGAGCCAGCAUCUGGAAAGGGUACUUCCCGCAUCAUUGCUCAUUUCAGAUGAUUAUCAGACUGAGAACAAAAUCCUGGGUGUACACUGUCUGCAUCACAUUGUGCUUAAUGUGCCAGCUGCUGAUUUGCUCCAGUAUAACAGAGCCCAGGUCCUAUACCAUGCCAUUUCCAACCACCUGUACACGCCAGAGCACCACCUCAUUCAGGCUGUGCUCCUGUGUCUGCUGGAUUUAUUCCCCAUCCUAGAGAAAACCCUGCACUGGAAAGGAGAUGGAGCUCGACCCACCACCCAUUGUGAUGAGGUCCUGCAGCUGAUCCUGACCCACAUGGAGCCAGAGCACCGCCUUCUUUUACGCAGGACCUAUGCAAGAAACCUGCCAGCUUUCGUGAAGAGGUUGGGGAUCCUAACUGUCCGGCACUUAAAGAGGCUGGAGAGAGUCAUCAUUGGUUAUCUGGAGGUUUACGAUGGACCUGAGGAGGAAGCUAGAUUGAAGAUAUUGGAAACCCUAAAACUUCUCAUGCAACAUACUUGGCCCAGAGUUUCCUGCAGACUUGUGGUCUUACUGAAAGCUCUCUUGAAACUGAUUUGUGAUGUAGCAAGGGAUCCAAACCUUACACCUGAGUCUGUUAAGAGUGCCCUGCUACAGGAGGCCACAGACUGCCUGAUUCUCCUGGACCGCUGUUCUCAAGGAAGGGUAAAGGGUCUCCUGGCCAAAAUUCCCCAAAGUUGUGAAGACAGAAAAGUGGUGAACUGUAUCAGAAAAGUGCAGCAGGUUUCUGAAGGCGCUCCCUACGAUGGAACUUAAGACUUGUAUUCACUUUCCCAAGAGGAAAGGAUUUUCUUCCCAUCCCAAUUUGUAUGAAUGGAGUUAUUUAAGAAAAAAAGAUAUUUUUACAUGAAACUUUGUAAGUGAAAGCUGCUUCUUCCUUCUUUCUUUCCUUUUACCUCCAUAAGAGUAGGGAAAGUAGAACAAGAAAAAAAUGAACUCCUUCCAUUUCUAAAUAAAGUUUGGGAGAAAAAAGGA